UCUGGGUUGACGUCUGUGUGUUUGUCCGUGAGAGAGAGAAGAGUGUGUGUGUGUGUGUCAAGGUGCUAGACUUGUGGGCUGAGAGAGCUCCAGGAUAGUAUAGAUGAAGGAGAGCAUGCAGAGCUCUCUGAGGGGGCCCUGACAACUAUGGAGUAAACGCAUUGAGGGCCCCCCAGAAAGAUUGAUUAACAGACAGAAACACUAAAGAGGGAUCACACAAUUAUGGUGGCAGAAGAGGUUAUAAUCACCUUGUCCGGCGGACCACCAUGGGGCUUUCGUCUCCAGGGGGGCGCGGAGCACCAGAAACCCCUUCAGGUGGCCAAGGUACGUAAGCGCAGUAAGGCGUGUAGGGCCGGACUGAGGGAGGGGGAUGAGCUGUUGUCCAUCAACGAGCAGCUGUGUGGGUCACUGUCCCACGCCCAGGCAAUGGCCAUAAUCGACAGCUCGCCGGGAAUACUACACAUCCGGGUUAAGAGGGCCCCAGCCGGCUUCCAGUCAGUGGUGCUGUUGACCCGUGCCCCUUCCCCUCGCAUCGACAAAGAGUAUCGAGCUGCCCUGCGCGCCAUGUCCCCCCCCUCCAGACCCCACCACACAACCACUGUCAGGGAGGUGGGACAUAGCAGGUCUUCCCUCUUGUCCCCCCUGGGGCGCAGUGGCCUGACCUCCCCCCAGGGCAGCGAGGCCUACUACGGGGAGACGGACAGCGACGCAGACGUGGCGGCUCAUGAGAGGCAGAGACGGCAGAAGCGCAGAAGCCCCAGCAACUUACCUGGAAAAGCCUCCGGCAGAGGCUCCCCGGAGGGGGGGGAGACGUCUGAGUUCAGUGGCUAUGACAGCGCUCCAGAUGCCCGGGUCUACCCUGGUCCCCAGGGCCAUGGGCUAACAGACAGCAGAGGAGAGGGGGAGGGCCUGCCAGGCGUGGCGCGCAGGGAAGUGAUCUACCAACCUCCUCCAGGGAUGUGGUCCUCCCAGACCUCCACGGAGACAUCAUCCAUCAUCUCCUCGGUCGAGGACCAGGGCCCAGGGCGGAACGGAGUAGUGGAGGAAGACAGUGGCUUUCAGGAGCCCUCCAAUGUGGUCCCAUUGGUGUCCCCUGAGAGGGCCAAGGAGGCCUUGCAACUGAGAUCCCGUAGUCAGCUGGUGCCCAUGGUGGGACCCAUAGACACCCCAGUGGACGAGGAGCUCAGUGUCACCUACAUGGAUAAGGCCAAGCAAGCCAAAUUGAAUCGAGGUGAUACAAUUCAAGACAAACAAGUUAAGGAGGCCAAAACCAAGUGCCGCUCUAUUGCCUCACUCUUGACAGACGCCCCAAAUCCGCACUCCAAGGGUGUGCUGAUGUUCAAGAAGCGCCGGCAGCGCUCCAAGAAAUACACGCUGACCAGCUUCGGCAGUGUGGAUGAAGACAUGCAGCAAGACUCCCAGGAAGAAGACGGUCUCUUCCCAGGAAGUGAGUCAGAGUUUGACGAGGACGGCUUCUCGGCCGCUCCUGACACCACUUGGGACAGUGACUACCUGGACGCGCUGGAGAAGAGGGCGGGGGGAGAUCGAGGGGAUGGAGCUGAAGACGCCCCCAGUCCUGGCCUGAGUGACAUCUCUGGGAAGGGAGCCCAGCUGUUCGAGCAGCAGAGAAAGAGGGCAGCUGAACAUGCCAAGAAGGUGGCGGCCACCCAGUCUCCGACGCCACUGCCGCCUCAGACCCAAACUCAAACACAGAUCCAGGAGCAUCCCCAGCCGUACCCACAGAGCCAUCCACAGCCAGAGGCACGACAGCAGACGUGUCAGUCCCAGCAGCCUGUGACCUCCGGGGACAACACGGAAGAGGCUAUGUCUGCAGCGGCAAGGCCUACAGCGCCAGUCAAUGCUGCUUCCGCCGCCUACAGCAUGGCUAAUGGAGACGUAGCCUACUCUGCGGUAAGCACACCUCCAGCCGUGGCACCUAAAGUGUCCACCAUGACCACUCACAUGCCCCCGCCCCAAACGCCGUUGCCGGAACCCUCCGCCAGCUCUGUGCUCAACAGGACGGCCCGGCCGUUCAACCCAGCGUUUGUGACUAACCGAGCCGCCACCGCUCCGGUUGUGUUCCGCCCAGUUGUCGCCAAAAGGCCGCAGCGCCCGGCGACCUCCGUCUCGAUCGUAGGACAUCCCUUCCCUGCCUCUUCUAUGCCUCCCAGCGGUAAUCCUCCCUUCUCUCCUCCGUCGUCUGUGUCUGGAGGAGGGCUUUCCACCUCGGCCAAUCAUGCCCGUCCCGCCUUCUCCGUGGAAAGCCUGGCAGAGCCACCCAUGCCCUCUGCCCCACAGGCUUCCUUCACGCCCAUACCUCCACCUCCGGUCUCGUUUGCCAACGUGCCCUCAGUUCCACCUCCAACCCCGCACUCAAAUGCACCCACAGGCCAAGCCCCCUUCAUAGUGACCCAGUCAGCCCCAGCGCCCUUUGACCCCGUACCUCAACCUCAGAUUUCUGUUGCCCACAUGCCCCAAUCUUCCCCCGCUGCCCCUGCACCUGUUCCCUUAUCCCCCGUGUCCAAAGUCCCACCUUCCACUGGUGGUCGGACUGGCAUCCUGCUAGAGGCUCGUCGGCGCAGUGGCAGAAGGCCCAUGUUCCGGGUCCCUGAUGACAAGAAAAACUCUCCCAAUCCUGACCUGCUGAACAUGGUGCAAAACUUGGACGACAGGCCGCGCCAUAGAAAUUAUUCAGAGGGUAUAACAGGCUAUGAGGCAGGCGCAGAAGAGGAGGACCAGGGCGCUGAAGACGGCAGAGGGAAGAUGCCUCCACCAGUGGCCCCCAAACCCAGGGUAAUUCACGAGGCCCCCCAGAUCCCUCAGGCUGAGGGGAAGGGGGCUCAGCUGUUUGCCCGCAGGCAGAGCCGCAUGGACCGCUACGUGGUAGACACCCCACUGGAGACCGCCUACCAACAGGAGGUCACUCAUCAUGGGGUCGAGGCCCAGGAUGCUCCCAACCCCAUCACCUCACAGUGGAAGUUAUCCCCCAACAUCCGCGCCCCCCCACCCAUUGGCUACAACCCGCUGCUGUCCCCCUCCUGUCCUGUGGGGCCACAGAGAGAUACGGGCAAGUCUGAUAAGGGGAUCAGAGGAGGGCCAGCUUCUAAGAGGGAGGGAAUCAAAGCUCUGGAUUUCAUGAGAAGGCAGCCUUACCAGCUCAACUCAGCCAUGUUCAGGGGAAGUGUUGCCAACCUGUCAGCGAUGCCAUCCUAUCAGGAGCAAAGGCAGCAGCAGGGAGGCUACGGGACUCUGAUGGGCAGCACAAUGACCCCUCCCAGGCAGAUUCCAGUCAAGUCAGCUCGUGUUUAUGAGAUCAAACGCUUCUCCACCCCCACUCCCAUGUCGGCGCCCAGCCUGGCCCCCACCGUGAUCGCUCCUCGCUCAGCCACAACGCUGGGAGAACGCCUGACCCACUGCGAUAUGACCUCCCCGACCCCUGGUCCUCUCACGCCGCCACCCGCCCCAGCCCCUCAUCCCACCCCUGCCCCUACCUAUUCAGGGGUCCUGCCCGAGCUGCCCAGAAUAAAUGCCACCCCUGUCUCCCACCCAAUCCCCAUCCCUCACCCAGCACCCUAUCCCGGAGUGUCUUACAGUGGGCUCCGAGGAGCCAAGCAGUUUCAGAGUGCCCCUGAGCUCAGUUUCCUUGCUAAUCUCCCCCCACCCCUGAAGGUGAAUGCCUUUCAGGCUCCCAAACCACGCUUCAUUGCCACCAAAGUGGGUGUUCAGCCACGAGUAUGGAGACCAGGUGCCAUGUGAAAUGUCACGGGAGACUUGUCUGUCCGUCUGUCUGUGAGAGAAAUGGACACACCCCAGACCUACACAAAAUUUUCUUCAACUAAACCAUUAAUUAAUAAGCUUGAUAAUUGCUUGUUCAGCAACUAAUAUAAUAAUUCCCCAAAUGUAUAUUGUUUGAUUUUAUAAACACUCACUAAAUGAAUGGUUGAUGGCCGACUCAUACACGGAAUAAAUAUAAAGGGUAUGUGGAAAAAUAUGGCCAAAUAUUUGAUUUCCAAAUACAUUUUUAAAAAAAAUACACUUUAAAAAAGAAUACACUGACAAUCAAAGCAAAAUAUAAUUUGGACAAAUUAUUUGUUGUUAUGUGUUUCACAUCCUAAAAUGCACCCUAGAAUGUAUUUUAAAUCUACAAUUAGUGGCCACUUUUUUAGGUACACAUGCUUGUUAAGGAAAAUAGCUAAUCAGCGAAUCAUGUGGCCGCAGCUCAAUAUGUUAAGCAUGCAGAUGUUGUCAUAAGGUUCAGUUGUUGUUCGACCACACAUUAGAAUGGGUAAUACAGGUGAUUAAAGGAACUUUGCUGUAAUUGUUGGUGCCAGACGUGGUGGUUCCAGUAUCUUAUACACUUCAGACACUAGAGUUUACAGAGAAGCAGAUGGGCUAAAGCGGAUGGGUUACAGCACUCACACUGAGUUCCAAUCUUGUCAAUUAAGAACAGAAUGAUGAGGCUAAGGUGGGCACGCGACCACCAAAACUGGACAUUUGAAAAAUGGAACGACGUUGCCUGGUCUAACAAAUCUCGAAGUCUGUUCAAACAUUCAAAUGAUAUGGUCAUAAUUUGGCUUAAAGUGCAUGAAUCCAUGGAUAGAUCCAUUCUUCCUUGUGGCAAUAUUUUACACAAGGAAGGCUGGUGGUGUAAUGGUGUGGGGAAUGUUUUCUGAUUUGAAUGCCAUAGCAUACCUAAGCAUUACUCCUGAUCUGUUUAUGUCCACAGUCUAUUCGUUUUGAAAUGGAUACUUCCAUCAGGUCAGUGUGCCAAGUCUGAAAGCCCACAUCAUCUCAAGAUGGUUCCACUAACAUGACUGUGACUUCAGUCUACCGUCAUGUUAGUGGAACCAUCCCCAGAUCUCAAUCCAAAACCCCUUUGGGAUUAGGUAGAAUGGGAGAUUUCAGCAUAUGAAUAAAUGGUGAAAAGAUCUGCAGGGACUGUGUGAUGCUCGUGAGUUAGUAUGGACCAACAUUGUUCCAGCACCUGAUGGAAUCCGUUAACAAUUCAGGCCGUUUUAGAGGGAAAGGGGGUUCUGCAUGAUUCCUGAUAGGUGUACCUAAUAAUGUGGCAACUUGGUGAAUUUUUAUUCCAUAUGGGAAAACUCCCAUAUUAUUUUCAAUCCUUUUGUUUGUGCCAGAGCGAAAAUUAACUAUUACUGUCACUAAGUACUAUCUAAUUCUACUUUAAUCACAUUCAUAUAGGUAAUUACAUUUGAAGCUUAGCUUUCUUCACUCACAUGCUGUUGCUAAAAUGUGUUUGUCUGUUGGGGGCAUUUCAAUAGUGGAAUGUUCAACUAACACAUACGCAUGGGUAUGCAUACCCAUUCUACAUCAGUUUUUUUUUUGUCAGUAUACUCUUUCUACACACUCUAAAUAAGGUUUAAAACAAAUGGAAGAGAUAGAGUCUGAAGUACAGUCUGAAUUAUUCUUUGAAACUUGAAGUGUUGAAAAUGAAAUGUUGAACUGAAAAUGAUGGGUGGAUGUCCGUUCGUAGAGAAACCGACUGCUCUCAGAAAAAAUCUCUUUAGCCCUGUCUUCCCUUUCUGAUGAGAACGCAGAGGAGGGAGAGUUGAGGCUAAUGUAAGGAGUGGAGAUCAAAAGGUGGUCACAGCAGCACUGAUUCAAUGUGAAUUAGAUGAGUCCCAGGCACCCUGACCCUUCACUCAAACAAAACCCCUGAAAUGAUUGUUUCUCAUUAAAUCUGGACAACUAGAUUAGCUCUAAUAUUAAAUAGCUUAUCUAGGGAAAAAGUUCUAUCAGACCUUUCUCCGUCCUGAAUAUUUGUGUUGGUGGUCAGAUCCCUGACAUCAAGUGGUCAGCAGGAAAUGCUAUCUGUUUUGGCCGAGCUCGUAGUCAACAGGUGUCUUGCUAUCCUGCUCCUGCCUAUUUGUGGAGCUGAUUACACAGCCAACUGAAUUGUACGAGCACAUCAACCUAGCCCAAGCCAGACAAGUGUGCCCUUUCUGGAUGUCACAUUUCUAUGUCACCACUCAUAUUGUAUUAAAACAAAUGACACUGAU